GACUGCCACAUCACAGGCGUGACCAGCAAAAACUAAAUACAACCGACUUUUAAGCCCCUCGAAGCCCAAUUUUGACCAACACGAAGUAUCGACAUGGUUGUGUCAUGUUCAUGGUCGAGAUCGAAACACCACCCGAAAGAUAACUCGCUCGAUGGAUUUCCUGUGGAGAUCCGUCGACAAAUCUUUGCCUUUGUUACGGAGUAUCGCAGAAGCCUAUGUUGCCGUCAGUAAUCGGUAUCCCUAUGACACGGAUUCGACGGAGGCACGGAAAUCGUUGAACCAAUUCAAGAUCGCCACUCGAGGUCGAGCUAUCCUUAGCACUUGUCGAUCUAUCAGGGAAGAGUGUUGUCAGCUCCUCGCUCGUGAGAUAACGCUGAAAGCCGACCUCCAUGCCAUUGAGCCGGUAUGGUGGUCCGAUCAACCCGGGAUAUCGAACGAUACAAACAGCAAUCAGAGCUCGGGUAUGCCGUCCUGUUUUCAGACUACAAACUUUCCCAUGAUAAGGAAUCUGGUAAUCACACUAGACAGGGACACCGAAAGGGCCUUGACCACAGUCCCCAAUGACUCGUUGCGCAAUCAAUGGAGCGUGGAUACAACUCAAACCCCGCGGCUUGCCGAAUUGUUGAACACACUAGGCACCUUGCGCUUUGUUCAUCAAGACUACUCCCUGGGCGACCAAUUGCAGCGGUCAGACGGUAAUUCGGUCGCUGUCAGGAUCAAUCUCGAAGGCACUGACACGAAAUCCCUACCUGGUUUUCUUGACGACGUUGCAACAAUUCUUCAGCGUCCAGCUCCAACAGUGCGCCAGGAACAUGAUGCUUUCAGAUCGCACAUGAAGCCUGUGCUGAUGUCACAAUCCUCUUCGCUGGCGAGGUUGCGACACUUAAUCGUGCGGCAGAAACUCGCUUGCCGGCUACUUUAUACCUUUGGUUUCCUUGUCACGUGGCAACUCUGGGUGGAAGGACAUGGGCAUCCGGGGGUGUAUUUGGAGACCACAGUCAAUGUCCUGAGCGGCGCUAUCACGGACAAGAAAGUAUUCGAUCGCGCUGGACGCAGCCUCAAUACUCGUGCAAGCCUUCUGGAGCUCAUGAGUCGUGACUUUCGAUCUGUAUACAGCCUGUACCUUGGAGUUCCUCCAACAAGCAUAUCCCGACUACAAUGUAUCCGAAUAUAUUGUCUUCGAGGAGAACAAUUUUUCGUUCUUCUAUCCCCUGCACGAGAAGUAUCCUUAUACGGGGGCGCCUUUCCAUGCCGCGAUACAUCAGUGUGCCAUGCAUGAGUUCCUUACCCUGUGUUUUUGUCCUGGCGCGAAGCAUCCACAAUUUCCUACCAUGGCUCAACUUAAGGAGCGAUGUGUGCGUCGAAGCUACUACCAAAGGCUAAGCCAGAGUGGUACGAGCAUGAAUGAUGGAUUGAUGGAAGAUUAUUUCAGUUCUGAUUCCCA